AUGCGGUACAAGCUUUUCGAGGGAAGACAAGUUAUCGGACUUCUGGCAAUACUCUUUUGCUUUACGAAUCUUGUGUAUUCUCAGGACAGAGCCAAUACAACCACUACCAUCAAUACAACCACUACUCCCGGAGACACUAACCCAGCCCUUAAGUUGAUCAUUAUCAUUGUUAUUCCAACCUUGGCAAUCACUGUGAUUUGCAUUGUUUGUGUGGUGAUCGGUGUUCGCAAGACAAGAAACAGUGGAAGAAAAUGGUGGAAAAUUUACGAGAAUGGACGACAGCCGACCGCUAGUCAACUGGAGAAUGCCGAUCCACAAGC